UGUCCUGAAAGUAUCCAUCUGUCAGACCUUCAAAUUGGUGACACCGAGGGGCGGACUGACCAUUUGGAAACUCGGGCACUGCCCGAGGGCCCAGGGUCAGUAGGGGGCCCCAUGAGAUGCCCCUGGUACCUUUCUCAUAGGCUUUCUUGAGUUUGGGCAAGGACACAGGGGCCCCAUGAUUCCCUAUUGCCCGGCCCGGGGUCAUUAGGGGGGCCCAUGAGAUGCCCCUGGUACCUUUUUCAUAGGCUUUUUUGAGUUUGGGCAAGGACACAGGGGCCCCAU